UGAGUCUCCAUUGGAAAAUCUUUCACUUUAAAACCAUUCUCUCUCUCAUUGUCAUUCAGAACCUGCACAGGAAGAAAACAUGUUUUUCCAAUACAAACAUCAGCAUGGCAAGAGAGACAGAUUCCUCAACAUGGGAAAACUGGUACCUUUGAUGUUCAUAGCCACCAUUUUCGGCCUCUUCCUCCUCUAUUCUCCAAACCCUUUUACAAUUAUAUCUAAACAAGGCCUCGAUUCUGUCCCCGAAAAACAACAACCACCCAAACAAGGCCUUGAUUCCUUCCAAAUACAACCACCAGCCCCCAUGCAAGGCCCUGCUGAUCAUCAUCAUCAUCAUAAUCUCAAACCCCAGAAAAAAAAGGAUUGUGACUUGUUUAAGGGUCAUUGGGUGCAAGAACCAAGAGGGCCUUUCUACACCAAUUCAAGCUGCACAACAAUUCCUGAGUCAAAAAAUUGUUUCAAAAAUGGGAGGAAAGACAUGGAUUUUCUCAAUUGGAGAUGGAAACCUGACGAAUGCCACCUCCCACGGUUUGAUGCAAGAAGCUUUCUGCAAAUUGUGCAGGGAAAGAAAAUGGCAUUUAUCGGUGACUCGGUUGCCCGGAAUCAUAUGGAAUCCCUACGAUGCCUCUUGUCACAGGAGGAAAUUCCAAAUGACGUUUACAAGGAUUCGGAAGACAGGUUCCGGACAUUGUACUUCCCUCGCCACGACUUCACCCUUAUGGUCCUUUGGAGCAAAUUCCUUAUAGUCGGUGAGGAAAGAAUGAUAAAUGGUACGGGGUCAAGCUUUUUUGACUUGCAGAUUGACAAGGUUGAAGACGAGUGGGCUAAGUACCUCCCUGAUAUAGACUACGCUAUCAUCUCGGCUGGGCAUUGGUUCUUCCGAGUAUUGUACCUACAUGAAGGCGAGAAUCAAGUAGGAUGUGUUUACUGCCAUGAACCAAAUGUCACUGACCUCAACAUUGACUUCGCUCUUCGAAUGGCUGUUCGAGCUACGUUGAAGCACAUCAAUGGCUGCAAGAACUGCAGCACUCGCCUGAUGACUCUAUUAAGGACGUUUGCGCCUGCCCACUUUGAGAAUGGGUUUUGGAAUACAGGAGGAUACUGCAACAGGACAACUCCAUUCAAAGAGACGGAGGUAGACUUGGAGAAAUUUGAGUGGCAGCUGAGGAAUGUUCAGGUAGAAGAAUUUGAAAGAGCAAGAGAAGCAGGGGAAAAACAGGGGAAGAGGUUUGGGUUAGUUGAUGUUACAAGGGCCAUGUUGAUGAGACCUGAUGGGCACCCAGGAGAACAUUGGGGCAACACAUGGAAAGGAGGCUACAACGAUUGUGUCCAUUGGUGCAUGCCGGGCCCUGUUGACACCUGGAGUGAACUUUUUCUAGCAGCUCUGAGAAAGGAAGCAGAGGCAGGGUUGAGUUCUUGAUUGAGGGUAGUUAGACGACCAAUAUAGCACACAUAUCUUAGCCAUAAUAACAUCCCCAUUUUUGUUCAUAACGGCAAUAUAUAGUUGUUUGGGUUGAAAAAUAUAAGCAUGCCAAUGAGAAAUAAUCCUGGAAGAUCAAGAUUUGUGAUUGGACGAUCAAGGGUCUUGCUUGCGUUUAUAAAAAUGUCAUUCAUUUGAAUCUAAAUUUGCUACAGAGUUUUUUUUU